AUGGCUAAUGGGAUUGCUGAAUCAUUUAACUCUUGGAUUGCAAUUGAGCGUUUGAUGCCAGUCUAUUGUAUGCUGGACCAGACAAGAAUUAAACAAAUGGAGAUGGCCGGUAAGAGGAGGGAAGAGGCAGAACGUUGGACCACAGAACUAACUCCCAAAAUGGAGGAAAGAUUGAAGGUGCAAAUGGAGAAAUCUCGUCGUUUCAGUGUCCAUUAUUCUAGCCCUGGAGUUUAUGAGGUUCGAUCUGACUUUUCAUAUGUAGUCAACAUCUCCGAUCAUUCAUGUUCAUGUGUGAAAUGGCAGAUCAAUUGUUUUCCUUGUCCUCACGGCCUUGCUGCAUUACAGGCUGCUUCUGUAAAUGUAUAUGAUUAUAUUGAUAAGUACUUUCAGGUUGAUAUGUUCAAGAAGAGCUACAGUUUUCCUAUAUGUCCGAUAACCAAUGUUGAUAUGUCUUCUUCAGAAUCUGCUUCUGAAUGUAUAUUACCUCCCCUUUCGAAGAGGCCCCCCGGGAGGCCUAGGGUGAAGCGGUUCAAGUCGGUUGGAGAGGCUGAAAAGAAGCUGAUUCGUUGUGGUCGUUGUGGCAAAAUGGGCACUCAUAACAAGUUGAGCUGCACUGAACCUCUCGUUCAGCAGUAG